AUGGCCGGCGAAGUACGACAGCCCAUCGACCUGGCCUCCUUUGAGCGCUAUAUCAACGCCCACGUCCCCUCGAUAAAGACGCCAUUGACGAUAAAGCAGUUCGGAUUCGGCCAGUCGAACCCUACCUACCAACUAACGUCCGCCGACGGCCAAAAAUAUGUCCUCCGCAAGAAACCACCGGGGAGGCUACUGUCAAAGACCGCCCAUCGGGUGGAGCGCGAGUAUCAGAUUAUCCAUGCACUAGAGAAGACGGACGUCCCGGUCCCGCAGGCCAUCUGUCUAUGCGAGGAUGAUUCAGUCAUUGGGACGCCCUUUUACGUGAUGGAGUUUCUGGACGGGAGGAUAUUUAUAGAUCCGGCCAUGCCUGAGGUCGGAGUACAGGAGAGAAGGGAGCUAUGGAAAGCAGCGGUCCAGACGCUUGCCAAAUUCCACCGGGUCAGCCCCAAGUCUAUCGGGCUGGAGAAGUUUGGACGGUCAGGCGGAUUCUACGACCGUCAGAUAGCAACCUUCCGAACCAUCCAUAAAGCCCAGUCGCAGACCGUCGAUAUCGAGACUGGAGUACCAGUCGGCGACCUGCCGCACUUCAAGGAGAUAACCGACUUAUUCUCUACCAAGGCACAGCAGCCCGUGGACCGGUCGACGUUCGUGCACGGCGACUACAAGAUCGACAACAUGGUCUUCCACAAGACGGAGCCACGGGUGAUUGGGGUGCUGGACUGGGAGAUGGCGACCAUCGGCCACCCGCUGUCUGAUCUAUGCAACCUGACGGGGCCGUACGCCAACAUCAGCGGCGGACCGGCAGAGACGAGGUUCGAUGCGGCUGCCAUGGACGGUCUGCCGACGCGAGAGGAGUGCGUGAGGUGGUAUGGGGAGGUGGCGGGCUGGGACCCAACUCGGGAGCUGGCAUGGGGAGAUGCCUUCCAUGCCUUUCGGGGAUCGAUCAUCAUGCAAGGGAUUGCGGCUCGGUAUGCGUUGAGGCAGGCGAGCAGUGCGAGGGCGAGGGAGUAUGCCAGUCUGAUGGCCCCGUUCGCGCGUAAGGCAUGGGAGAAGGUCCUCGACCUGCAGCCUCCGAGCCGACUAUAA